AUGGAGAGCCACCAGGAGAACCAAGAAACACUUUUGAGGCGUGUUGCAUUCACUGACCAGGAAACUGUGACUGAGGAAAAGGGUAGCAAGUGUAAUGCACUUGGAAAUAUUUUUCAUCUGAGCACAGAUUUUGUUUCUUCAAAACAAAGAAUCCAAAAACAUGCCUCUUAUGGUAGGAGUUUGAACUAUUUAGACUUAUUUAGUGGUAAUAGAAGAUAUGCAAGAAAGAAUGAAUGUAGUCAAUGUGGGAAAGCCUUCUUCCAGAAGUCAGACCUCAUUAUCCAUGAGAGAAUUCAUACAGGAGAAAAGCCUUUUGUAUGUAUUGAUUGUGGGAAAGCCUUCAGGAAGAAAUCAAAUCUCGUUAUACAUCUGAGAAUCCAUACUCAAGAGAAACCUUAUGAGUGUACUGAAUGUAGAAAAGCUUUCUCCCAUAAGUCACACCUCAUUGAACAUCAGAGAAUUCACACUGGGGAAAAACCCUAUGUAUGUAAUGAGUGUAGGAAAGCAUUUUUCCAAAAAUCACACCUCAGCAUUCACAAGAGAACUCAUACUGGAGAGAAACCCUAUGUGUGUGAUGAAUGUGGGAGAGCCUUCAGCAUGAAGUCACAUCUCUUUGUACAUCAGAGAAUACACACGGGAGAGAAACCUUAUGUACGUACGAAGUGUGAGAGAGCAUUCAGUAAAGUGUCAUGCCUUAUUAGACAUCAGAAAAUUCAUACUGGGGAGAAACCUUAUGCAUGUAAUGAGUGUAAAAAAGUGUUUUCUGAGAAGUCUGACCUCAUUAUCCAUCACAGAACUCACACAGGAGAAAGACCCUAUGAAUGCAAUCAAUGUGGGAAAGCCUUCAGACAUAGCUCAGCCUUCGGUAGACAUAAGAGGACUCAUAAAGAAGAAAUCCCUUAA